GGCCUUCACACGCAAGUGCCUUUUGCCCCGAAGAAAGAUGGCGUUCGGAAGCGCGCCCGGCUGUUAGACGCUCGCUCCUCCUCUGGCCGCUCCGGUCGGCCGGGCCCAGAGCGGUGAUGGCGGCGGCGGCGGCGGCGGCGGGCGCCGAGCUGGAGUACGAGGCGGUGCUCUGCGUCAAGCCCGAUGUCAGCGUCUAUCGGAUCCCGCCGCGGGCCUCCAACCGGGGAUACAGAGCCUCAGAUUGGAAACUGGAUCAGCCAGACUGGACCGGACGACUCCGCAUUACCUCUAAGGGUAAAACUGCAUAUAUAAAACUCGAGGACAAAGUUUCAGGGGAGCUUUUUGCACAGGCCCCGAUAGAUCAAUAUCCUGGCAUUGCUGUGGAGACAGUGACGGAUUCCAGCCGGUACUUUGUCAUCCGGAUUCAGGAUGGGAAUGGGCGAAGCGCAUUCAUUGGCAUAGGCUUCGGAGACCGGGGUGAUGCCUUUGACUUCAAUGUUGCUCUGCAGGAUCAUUUCAAGUGGGUGAAACAAGAGACGGAAAUCUCCAAGGAAUCCCAGGAGAUUGACAGCCGUCCCAAGCUGGAUCUAGGGUUUAAGGAAGGACAGACCAUAAAAUUGAAUAUUGGGAACAUGCCAACAAAGAAAAGUGGGGUGACCAAGUCACGUCCCGCUGGAUCAGGUGGGCCAAGCCUGCUCCCACCACCUCCUGGGGGCAAAACCGUCCUCCCGACUCCUCCUUUGGCAGCCAUUUCCAACCAUGUCACACCACCUCCAGUGCUGAAGUCCAGCAACGUGGGCAACACAGAUAUCUUGCUUGACUUGGAUUUGCCUGCUCCCGUUCCGAAGGUGCCUGCGCCUGCUGCAGUUCCAGCCCCUACAGAUCUCUGGGGAGACUUCAGUGCUGCAUCCAGCAUUCCCAGCCAGUCUCCCCAGCCAUCCAAUUGGGUGCAGUUCUGAAGGAUGACGAAGUGUUGAAGUGGGAACGGACUAGUGACCGAGGCUCACGGGAGUUCCGUAGGGGGUGAGAGCGAUCUGAUGUCAUCGGGUCAGGUCUUCAGUCAAAACGUGGUUUUGGACAAUCCUUCUGCUUUUAUUAACAUUUCCAUUUGCAUCAACGCUCAUAGUUUGAUCAUCCAGUGAACCUGUGAAAACCUGUGGAGGGAAUGUUUCAGAAUUCUGCCUGGUGGUAACUUUGGGUGGGGUGGGAGAGCUCUAUCCAUCUGCUCUGCAGCUUCAAGCUACGGAAGAGAAGCUGGUGCUGUGAGCCGGGAGAUAAUCCUGAACAGUCUUGGCUUUUGUUACAGAAAUUUUUUGCCUAGGCUUAAUCCACUUUAUUUUUUCCAGACCUCCCCCAAUAGUAGUUAUAUUAGAUGGAGCUGGUUGGCUAGCAGCACUGUGGGGUACAGGACACCUUUAUUUUUCCCCCUGACACUAGUUUCUAAAAGCAGCAAGUACAAAAGAGAACUCAAGAAGCAGUCCUGUACAAGUGGAGAUUUUCUUCCUGGGGUUUUCUCAGGAUAUCUUGGUGGAACAAGCUUCAGCCUUUUCCAAAUAUUUUCUCCCUUCAGUCUUGAGCUAGGAAAAGGUGUGGAUCCUGACUUAGGUUGCUCUUGUUUUAAGUCUUUGCCCCUGUGUGCACCCACAAAUUCCCAUGUUCUUUUACUUCUUGCUGAACGAGGCAACUACGUCGGAGAUCUUUUUAAGUGGACCCCUGUAAAUGCCGCUAACAUGUAAGAAGUUUUCCUGCUUUCAUCCUCGUGGGCAGCGAUAGCAGGGGCUUCCUCCAAGUAAGAUAGCAGUACCACCAUGCUGCUUACCCCAGUUUUAGUGGGAAAUCCUGUACUCAGACAAAACUGCUUAGACUCCUCAUGCCCUAACAAGUAUCAUUAUGGAGUCGUUCUAAGUUCUCUUUUUCUCAUUUCACAUUCUACGCAAAGAUCCUUAUCUUAUAGUUAUCCUUUCUCCCCACCAAGUGUUCACGUAGACAUGGUUUGAAUUUGCACCCCCUUCCUUGCACUCUCAAGGCUGGAGAGGGUUACAGAAAGAACCAGCUUUGUUUGAUGUUCUACCACUCAGAUCCAUUUUUAUUGCUGAGUUCUAGAUUUGUACACGGCACAGUGUUUGUUUUCUGUGAAGCCAAUAGUUAGUAAUUAUUACCCUGUCAUAUCAGCUGGGUCCCCUGUGAUCCAUGGUUUGGUGUUUUUUGAAAGAAGGGUUAACUGAUUUUGGAACAUUUGUAUAAUCUGCUGAUAUUUAGCCUUUCUGAAUAUCAUUGAUUCCAGAGCCAUAGAGGGAAAACUUGGACCCGUUGUGAUGAAGGAAAGUAGAUGUUCUGUGACGUUUUGUGCUCACCUCUAUUAUCUACAUAUUCUAUCUAUGGAAAACAGGGACCAACUUCUUCUUUUUAAGGAAGUCCAUGCUUUAUCUGCCCAGCUGUUCUUCACUUUCCUCUGUCCCACCUGUAUUUCAUGGCUUAUCUGACCCAAAGCUAUUGGUAUCUUUCUAUCAUUUUUGCUUUACUACUGGUUGUAAAUGGCUUUUUGUCCUCCUCAGGCUUCUUGCCUGGUGAUAUCUGGCAAGCUAGGAUGAUGUGACUGGAAUCUGGCUGAAUCUUCUAUGUUUGUAACAGGUCCUGUCAUUUCAGCAGCUGUGUCAAAAUCCCAAGAAAUCUGACAAUGUCCCCACAAAACUAACUGGGAGCCUCUCCUUCUGUGUUCUGUUUUUUUAGCUAGAAUUAUGAAGAUAAUAUAUUAUGUAUUGGCAGAUACUGAAAAAGUAAUAUUUCAUCUAUAUGUAUAUAAAGCAUAAGAUGUACUUGUUCAAUAAUGGUAAUUAAAAUCAAUGAUAAAACUGGAAA